CUACCUCACACGUUACGAAGUGUACUUAAUAGAUGCAGUUUUUUACGCGGCAUGAAAGGAGUAUAUUUCGAAACGUGUGAGGUAGCAAAAAAUAAUGAGAGAAGCUAAUUUUAUUGAAAAAUCGAGUGUCUUCUUCCACAGGAAAAAAUGAGUUUUUUUAACAUUUUUUGCGAUUUUCCAACCGAUUUUUGAAUUUUUUUAUUUCAAAAAAGAUGGCUCAAAAUUUUUCUGAUACAUAUAGUUUUGUAGAGCUCGUUGAACUCUAUCGAACCAUGUAAAAAUUUCCAAGAAAAACGUUUUACUCCAUUUUUGAAUUACUAGCAUCUUAAUUUUCUACGCCAAAAAAGUAUAGAAUUUCUGAAAAUUUCGUAAGUUCGACACUAAAAGGCCUUCAUAAUCUUUAGUAUUUAGUACCAAUAAAUCCAGUUUUUGACGCGCUUUAGUUUGAUAUAAAAUACAUUUGUGAUAUCAUUGAUACUUUAGGUUAUAGAGUGGGAGGCAAAGGUUAUGUGCCACCCUGUAGAAAACUUGGUUGUAAAAUGUUUUUGUUUUUCACAUCUUUUUUGAAAGCGUAAUACUUCAACAAAUGUUCAGUUGGAGAGCAAACAUCAAGGAGAAAAAGGCUUUCUUCGCAUCUCAAGUUUCGGAAAACAUUCUAAGGGCUCCGGAAAGGUCCCGGAGCCGCCUUUUCUCACUUGGCAAACAGUCAUAGUUUCUCGAUGUAAACACCCAAAAUAAGUUAAUAAAAACUACUUUCUAAUACUUUUCGAAUACAGAAAAUCAAGAAAAAAGUAUUGAACCGAUUCGUCUUCAUAUGCGGCUCCCUUUUUUCCAUUAUAACAGAGGGCGGAUUUUUUAUCGUUUAAGAUUUACACCUUCGAUCGGGUAUGGGCAGACUUUAAAACACGAACGGCUAUUAAACGAGUUGUUCCAAGACCAUUUAGUCUGAAUCGUUUGUUAGUGGUACUUGAAGAAUUUCUUGCGUACGAAAUAAGUUGUGAUUCAAAAUUGUUGAAUAUUAUUGGCAAUGUUGUUGAUGAUUUGUAUGCAUUUUUUGAAUCACGUUAUGGUGUUGAAGAAAUGAUGUAUAAUGCCGUUUAUGAUUUUUUUACAUCGUUAAAUAUCUAUGCAAAUGAUUUAAAAAUUUUUGACUUAUUUAGUCAUGUUUUAAUUGGCAACAUUGAUUUAUGUUGUGUCUAUUAUCUAACAGUGUUAGCUGAUAUUCUAGAUCAGAUUGAUUGGUUUGAAACAGAAGAUGUUCGACCAUUUUUCGCAAUUAUUUAUCCAUUUUUAGAUGAAGAAGGUCUCGAUGUACUUGUGAUUGAUUACACAUCAUUCACCGAGAAUAAAAUAAGUAAAUCCUAUAUAUAUGAAUUUGUGAUACAUUUACUAUUAAAAGAAAAAGAACCAUUAUUUCAAGAAAUGCAAUAUAAACUUAGCGUUCAAUUAACACAAAAUUAUGAUAUGAUGAACGAAAUGGAAUUUCGAUCUGCUAUGGAAAAUAUUGUUUUUUCAGCGGACGAACGAGUUGUUUCAAGAAUGUUUCGUCACGCAGAACGACAUGCACAGUGGGAUAAACUCAAUGGAUUUGUUAGCAUGAACAAAUUAGCACAUAUUGCAUCUUAUUUCUUUUUCAAUCAAUUGAUGGAUGAACAAAAAGGAGAAAUGAAUGAACGAAUUCGAAAAGAGGGUGAACAGCGGAGAAAAGAGGAUCCUAGUUAUGCUCAACGUGUUAGCAAACAACGAGUACGUGAACAAACUGGAUUAAUCAAAUAUUCGAAAUUAAAAUCUCUAGCCGUAAUACUGUAUGAAUCAAAAAACUCAACAGAUACAAAUGAAUCCAAAGUGGGAGAGGAGAAUGAACAUAAUAAUGAUGAUAAUAAUGACGAUCAACAAGUGUGA